GCCGGGUCCCCGCCCUGCGCCCCGGAUGGAGGUGCCUGGCCCGGGGUCCCGGCGCGCGGCGGCCAGCAUGCUCCUGCGCUCGGCGCGGGUGCCCCGCGAGUGCUGGGCGCUGCCCACGGCGCUGCUGUGCGCCUACGGCUUCUGCGCCAGCCUGCGGCCGUCCGAGCCCUUCCUCACGCCCUACCUGCUGGGCCCCGACAAGAACCUCACGGAGCGCGAGGUGUUCAACGAGAUCUACCCGGUGUGGACGUACUCGUACCUGGUGCUGCUCUUCCCGGUGUUCCUGGCCACCGACUACCUGCGCUACAAGCCCGUGGUGCUGCUGCAGGGCCUGAGCCUCAUCGUCACCUGGUUCCUGCUGCUGUACGCGCAGGGGCUGCUGGCCGUGCAGUUCCUGGAGUUCUCCUACGGCAUGGCCACGGCCGCGGAGGUGGCCUACUACUCCUACAUCUACAGCGUGGUCGACCCGCGCGUGUACCAGCGCGUCACCAGCUACUGCCGCAGCGCCACGCUGGUGGGCUUCACCGUGGGCUCCGUGCUCGGGCAGGUCCUGGUCUCCGUGGCCGGCUGGUCCCUGUUCAGCCUGCACGUCAUCUCCCUCACCUGCGUCUCCGUGGCCUUCGCCGUGGCCUGGUUCCUGCCCAUGCCGCAGAAGAGCCUCUUCUUCCACCACGGCCCCGCCCCCGGCCAGGGCCCGCACGGCAUCAAGGUCCAGAACGGGGGCCUCGUCCCGGACCCGGCCACCGGACACCACCUGCCCGGCUGGGAGGACAUCGAGUCCAAGAUCCCGCUGAACCUCGAAGAGGCCCCGCUGCGAGAGCCGGAGGCUGGCCCCGCGCGGCUGCGGGCGCUGAAGGUGCUGUGGGACGACUUCCUCGUCUGCUACUCCUCGCGCCCGCUGCUCUGCUGGUCCGUGUGGUGGGCGCUGUCCACCUGCGGCUACUUCCAGGUGGUCAACUACACACAGGGCCUGUGGGAGCAGGUGGUGCCGUCCCGCCACGCGGCCAUCUACAACGGCGGGGUGGAGGCCGUGUCCACGCUGCUGGGGGCCGUCGCCGUGUUUGCCGUGGGCUACAUCAAGAUCUCCUGGUCCACCUGGGGGGAGGUGGCGCUGUCCCUGUUCUCGCUGCUGAUCGCCGCCGCCGUGUACGUCAUGGACACGGCCAACAACAUCUGGGUGUGCUACACGUCCUACGUGGUCUUCCGCAUCAUCUACAUGCUGCUCAUCACCAUAGCAACGUUUCAGAUCGCGGCCAACCUGAGCAUGGAGCGCUACGCCCUGGUGUUUGGCGUCAACACCUUCAUCGCGCUGGCGCUGCAGACGCUGCUGACGGUCAUCGUGGUGGACGCCAGCGGCCUGGGCUUGGACAUCUCCACGCAGUUCCUGAUCUACGCGGGGUAUUUCGCCCUCAUCGCCGUGGUCUUCCUGGCCAGCGGUGCCAUCAGCAUUAUGAAGAAGUACCGGCAGCGGGAGGGGCCCGAGCCAAGUUCCCCAGUGGCGCCCCCCUAAGGGACGGUGAGGGAUCUCCCGCCAGCAGCCUCGGCUCCGCACUGCUGCUGUUGCUCCGUUUGCGGAAGGUGUCGAUGGACACGUUGACGGACACGUUCCGUGGCUUCCCGGCCGCGUGACUUCCAAGUCACCUCUCAGUUCCUGGGCUUCGUGCUCCUCGGAGGAUCCUGCCACGCUGAUCUCCUGGACUCCCUUUGCAGUGCUCACCGAAGGAUGACGUUCCACCCCGUCCCCCCUGGUGAUUUCAAAAGUCAACCUAAGUUUCCAAACUGGGUCACCAGGAGUCGGCCCAGCUGUGGAGCCGGGGGUCUUGGCCGGACCCUGGGCGGGUCUGCGGGCAGAGGGGCCGCACAGCGCUGGGGGUCUGGCCAGGAGUGGGUCCCCAGCUCUUCCCUUCCCUUUUGCUCUUCUUCCCCAGUGCUCUCCUGGGUCCAUGGGGCCAGGCACUGUGUGCCCCGGCUGUCUUUGUUCUGAUUUGUCGUCCCGACCUCAGAGCAGAGAGUGUGUGUGUGUGUGUGUGUGUGUGUGUGUGUGUGUGUGUCUCAUCUUAAGUUAUUAUUAUUUUUUUAAUCGUUGUAUAUAUGGUCUCAUUCCUACGAGGCAGCACUGUCACUUUUCUUUAGGACAUGUUUGCAUUUUGCUUCCCAGAGAAGCCCAUUCACUUCGAAAAUCAGGCCAGUUUUGAAGCCUGCCGGUAAUCCAAGUAAAGUGACCGCACCAAAACACUUGAAGUCGGUUGUUUUUUCGUUUUUUGUUUUUCGUUUUUUUUGUGGUUUUUUUUUUUUUUGGUCUAUUCGGGUCAUACUCGGCCAUGCUCAGGGCUGACUCCUGGCUCUGCACUCAGGGAUCACUCCUGGUGGUGCUCUGGGGACCCUAUGGGAUGCCGGGGAUCGAGCCCGGGUUUAGCCACAUGUAGGGCAAACACCCUCCCAGCCCUGGCCCCAAGGUCAGUUUGUCUUUUAUUCUUCAUUACCAAGGACUAGUUAAUGCCACGUGGUGAACAGUGAGCCCCUUUUCCCACACGAAAUGGGGAAGAUUUUUUUGUUUGUUUGUUUUUUCUUCAAACACAUUCAUCCCCAUGGGGAACUUUGCUAUUCUUUGACCUUGGACGCCAACAGUAUCACCAGGAAUUGGACUGCUCCCAGGUGUCAUAAAACUGAGCCUCUUUUGAAUGAUUUCAAUGGGACGGGGGCUAGGGUAGAUUCGAUUCCUGCCUUUUGUAACAGGAAAUCCACCUUUGUUUCGAAAGGUGGGUCCUCUUGAAUAUUCCCUUAAAAUAAGAAUUGCUCAUGAUUCCAUUUCUAAGUUACUUGGGGGGAUGGAAUAUUCCUUUAUAUACAUUUAAUUCUAAAUGUAGUCUACCCAGUGGCUGCUGAUAUGCGUGAGGUGUGAAAAGCAUUUUUUUAAAUUUUUAUUUUAUUGAAUCACCGUGAAAAAAGUUACAAAGCUUUCAGGUUUAAGUCUCAGUCAUAUAAUGAUGAUCAAACCCCCAUCCGUGAAGAGCAUUUUAUUUUGUUUUGGUUUUUUUUUGCUUUUUGGGUCACACCCAGCGAUGCACAGGGGUUCCUCCUGGCUCUGCACUCAGGAAUUACCCCUGGCGGUGCUCAGGGGACCCUAUGGGAUGCUGGGAAUUGAACCCGGGUCGGCCGCGUGCAAGGCAAACGCCCUCCCCGCUGUGCUAUCGCUCCAGCCCC